UUGGGGCUCCGGCGGCCCAGCACCGCCCCCCGUCACGUGACGAGAAGCUCCCCCGUCACGUGACGCGCGGCACCUCCCCGCCCUGUCAUGUGGGGCCGCUCGCUUCCUGUCACGUGACGCCGAGCUCCGCCGGAAGUGCGGCUUCCCGCGCGGCCGCCAUUUUGCUCGCUCCUCGCCGUCCGCCAUCUUGUCCGCUGAAGGCUUCGCGGUUUUCGGCUUAAAGUCGCUGAAAAAUUGGAAAAAAGACAGCCUAUUGAAUUGAGUUCUUCUUUGCAAGCGAGCCACAGAAAGUCACUGGAGGGGGUGGCGUCGGCCCGCCCUCAUCCCUCACAGCCGGCCGUUGAAGACGUGUGGAGGAGCAGUGAGGCCGCAGUUCCACUCUGCGGCGCUGCUGGGAGAUCAUUGAGCGGGGCUGCCCCGUCCCUCUUAACGCUGUGCCACAAUGAGUGUUUUUAUCCCUUUUCUGCCCGUUGGUUUUUAGCGUCACCCCCCUCCCCACCGCCCCGAGAUGUCGGAGUCUGAGGAGAAUGGAGAGGGCCCCCCCAAGGGGCUGUCACCUUUGGCCGAAGCCAUGGGGCAGCCCCUGGGUUGGUCAGGAACUGAAAGCAACGGGGGGGUAACGGAUGGUGGGACCCCCCCGGGGCAACGGCACCGCCGCCCCCCCCACACCAAACACAAGGGACAGGGGACCGGGGGGGUCCAUCGCUCCCCCCGCGCCCUCUUCUGCCUCCGCCUCAACAACCCCAUCCGCAGAGCGGCCAUCAGCAUCGUGGAGUGGAAGCCCUUCGACAUCCUCAUCCUCGCCACCAUCUUUGCCAACUGUGUGGCGCUGGGGGUCUACAUCCCCUUCCCCGAGGAUGACUCCAACGCCGCCAACCACAACCUGGAACAAGUGGAGUACGUUUUCCUCAUCAUCUUCACGGUGGAGACGUUCCUGAAGAUCAUUGCCUACGGACUGGUGCUGCACCCCAGCGCCUACAUCCGCAACGGCUGGAACCUCCUCGACUUCGUCAUUGUCAUCGUGGGGCUUUUCAGCGUCAUCCUGGAGCAGGUGUCCCACAAACCCGGUGAAGCUCACCACAUGAGUGGCAAACCGGGCGGCUUCGAUGUCAAAGCUCUGCGUGCCUUCCGUGUCCUGAGGCCCCUCCGCCUCGUCUCCGGCGUCCCCAGCCUCCACAUCGUCCUCAACUCCAUCAUGAAGGCCAUGGUGCCGCUGCUGCACAUCGCCCUGCUGGUGCUCUUCGUCAUCAUCAUCUACGCCAUCAUCGGCCUCGAGCUCUUCAUUGGCCGCAUGCACAAGACCUGUUUCUUCAUCGGCUCCGACCUGGAAUCAGAGGACGACCCCUCCCCGUGUGCUUUUUCGGGGCACGGCCGCGCCUGCCUGCAGAACAACACGGAGUGCCGGGGUCGCUGGGAGGGCCCCAAUGGGGGCAUCACCAACUUUGACAACUUCUUCUUCGCCAUGCUCACCGUCUUCCAGUGCAUCACCAUGGAGGGAUGGACUGACGUCCUCUACUGGAUGCAGGACGCCAUGGGCCACGAGCUGCCCUGGAUUUACUUCGUCAGCCUCGUCAUCUUCGGCUCCUUCUUCGUCCUCAACUUGGUGCUGGGGGUGCUGAGCGGGGAGUUCUCCAAGGAGCGUGAGAAGGCCAAAGCACGCGGUGACUUCCAGAAGCUGCGGGAGAAGCAGCAGCUGGAGGAGGACCUGCGGGGCUAUAUGGACUGGAUCACACAGGCUGAGGACCUGGAGGGGGACGAGGAUGAGCACGAGAAGCACCGCCUGACCACCGAGGAGCUGAUGGGGAAGAGAAAGCCUCGCCUCAAGUGGCUGCGGCACGCCAGCCACUCCACCGACACCCACGCCAGCCUCCCCGGCAGCGAGACCACGUCGGUGAACACCGAGACGGCGGGUGAGGAGGAGGCGCAGCCCAACGCCUGCGACCGCUGCCUGGGCAAAAUUACCAAGACGAAAUUCUGGCGCCGUCUGCGCCGCCUGAACCGGGUGCUGCGCCGGCGGUGCCGCGGGGCGGUGAAAUCCGUCUCCUUCUACUGGACUGUGCUGCUCCUCGUCUUCCUCAACACCCUCACCAUCGCCUCCGAGCACCACGGGCAGCCCCAGUGGCUCACCGAGACGCAAGCCUACGCCAACAAAGCUCUGCUCUCUCUGUUCGCCGCCGAGAUGGUGCUGAAGCUGUACGCCCUGGGGCCCUCCUGCUACUUCGCCAGCUUCUUCAACCGCUUCGACUGCUUCGUGGUGUGCGGCGGCGUGUUGGAGACAGCCCUGGUGGAGCGCGGCGCCAUGGAGCCCCUGGGCAUCUCCGUCCUGCGCUGCGUGCGCCUGCUGAGGGUCUUCAAGGUCACCAGGCACUGGGCAUCGCUGAGCAACCUGGUGGGCUCGCUGCUGAACUCCAUGAAGUCCAUCGCGUCGCUGCUGCUGCUGCUCUUCCUCUUCAUCAUCAUCUUCGCACUGCUGGGCAUGCAGCUCUUCGGCGGCCGCUUCAGCUUCGAUGAGACGCAGACCAAGCGCAGCACCUUCGACACCUUCCCCCAGGCCCUGCUCACUGUCUUCCAGAUCCUAACUGGGGAGGACUGGAACGCGGUGAUGUACGAUGGGAUCAUGGCUUACGGUGGGCCCGUCUUCCCUGGGAUGCUCGUCUGCGUCUACUUCGUCAUCCUCUUCAUCUGUGGGAACUACAUCCUCCUCAAUGUCUUCCUGGCCAUCGCGGUGGACAACCUGGCGGAUGGUGAUAACAUCAACUCGGGGGCAGAGGGCAAGAAGGACAAGGCCGGGGAGGCGGAGGCCAACGCGGGGAGCCAGGAUGUGAGCGUGAAGGUCGAAGGGGAGCAGCAGGAGGAGGAAGAGGAGGAGGAAGAAGAGGAGGAGGAGGGCAGCGAGGAAGGUGACGAAGGGGCCGGGGGGGAGCGGGACAGCCUGGGGGGGCAGCGGCUGGAGAGCCUGGAGGAGCCCCCCAAGAACAAAGUGGCACCGAUCCCCGAGGGCAGCGCCUUCUUCCUGCUGGGCAGCACCAACCCGCUGCGGGUGCGGUGCCACGCUCUCAUCCAUCACCACGUCUUCACCAACCUCAUCCUCGUCUUCAUCAUCCUCAGCAGUGUCUCGUUGGCCGCCGAGGACCCCGUGCGCGCCCACUCGCCCCGCAACCACAUCCUGGGCUACUUCGACUACGCCUUCACCUCCAUCUUCACCGUGGAGAUCCUGCUGAAGAUGACGGCCUUCGGCGCCUUCCUGCACAAAGGCUCCUUCUGCCGCAACUGGUUCAACCUCCUCGACCUGCUGGUGGUCGGCGUCUCCCUCGUCUCCUUUGGCAUCCACUCCAGUGCCAUCUCAGUGGUGAAGAUCCUACGGGUACUGCGUGUCCUGCGGCCCCUGCGAGCCAUCAACCGUGCCAAGGGCCUCAAGCACGUGGUGCAGUGCGUCUUCGUGGCCAUCCGCACCAUCGGCAACAUCAUGAUUGUCACCACGCUGCUGCAGUUCAUGUUCGCCUGCAUCGGGGUGCAGCUCUUCAAGGGCAAGUUCUACAGUUGCACUGAUGAAGCCAAGCACACGCCUGGGGAGUGCAAGGGCACCUUCCUGGUGUACAAGGACGGGGACGUAUCCCACCCGUCGGUGCGCGAGCGCCUGUGGCACAACAGCGACUUCAACUUCGACAACGUGCUGGCGGGCAUGAUGGCCCUCUUCACCGUCUCCACCUUUGAGGGGUGGCCCGCGCUGCUGUACAAAGCCAUCGACGCCAACGCGGAGGACCAGGGCCCCAUCUACAACUACCGGGUGGAGAUCUCCAUCUUCUUCAUCGUCUACAUCAUCGUCAUCGCCUUCUUCAUGAUGAACAUCUUCGUCGGCUUCGUCAUCAUCACCUUCCGUGCCCAGGGAGAGAGCGAGUACCGCAACUGUGAGCUGGAUAAGAACCAGAGGCAGUGCGUGGAGUACGCGCUGAAGGCGCAGCCACUGCGGCGGUACAUCCCCAAGAACCGAACCCAGUACCGCGUCUGGGCCAUGGUCAACUCCACUGCCUUCGAGUACAUCAUGUUUGUCCUCAUCCUGCUCAACACCAUCGCCCUGGCCGUGCAGCACUACGAGCAGUCCAAGCCCUUCAACUACGUGAUGGACCUUCUGAACAUGGUGUUCACCGGGCUCUUCACUGUGGAGAUGGUGCUCAAGAUCAUCGCCUUCAAACCACGGCAUUACUUCUGUGAUGCCUGGAACACCUUUGACGCCCUCAUCGUGGUGGGCAGCGUGGUGGACAUCGCCGUCACUGAGGUCAACAACGGGGGUCACGUCGGCGAGAGCUCGGAGGACAGCUCCCGCAUCUCCAUCACCUUCUUCCGGCUGUUCCGCGUCAUGCGGUUGGUGAAGCUGUUGUCCAAAGGUGAGGGCAUCCGCACGCUGCUCUGGACCUUCGUCAAGUCCUUCCAGGCCUUGCCCUACGUCGCGCUGCUCAUCGCCAUGAUCUUCUUCAUCUACGCUGUCAUUGGCAUGCAGACCUUUGGGAAGGUGGCCCUGCAGGACGGGACCCAGAUCAACCGCAACAACAACUUCCAGACCUUCCCCCAGGCCGUGCUGCUGCUCUUCAGGUGUGCCACGGGGGAGGCCUGGCAGGAGAUCAUGCUGGCCAGCCUGCCCGGCAAGCGCUGCGACCCCGAAUCGGACGCAGAGCCCGGUGAGGAGUUCACCUGCGGCAGCAACUUCGCCAUCGUCUACUUCAUCAGCUUCUUCAUGCUCUGCGCCUUCCUGAUCAUCAACCUCUUUGUGGCUGUCAUCAUGGACAACUUUGACUACCUGACCCGGGACUGGUCCAUCCUUGGCCCCCACCACCUGGAUGAGUUCAAGCGUGUCUGGUCUGAGUAUGACCCUGCUGCCAGGGGCCGCAUCAAACACCUGGACGUGGUGACGCUGCUGCGCCGCAUCCAACCCCCUCUGGGCUUUGGGAAGCUGUGCCCUCACCGCGUCGCCUGCAAGCGCCUGGUAGCCAUGAACAUGCCCCUCAACUCGGAUGGCACCGUCACCUUCAACGCCACGCUGUUCGCCCUGGUCCGCACCUCACUCAAGAUCAAGACAGAAGGGAACCUGGACGUGGCCAACAAGGAGCUGAGGGCUGUCAUCAAGAAGAUCUGGAAGCGGACGAAGCCCAAGCUGCUGGAUGAGGUCAUCCCACCGCCCGAGGAGGAGGAGGUGACGGUGGGGAAGUUCUACGCCACCUUCCUCAUCCAGGACUAUUUCCGCAAGUUCCGGCGGCGGAAGGAGCGCGGGAUGCUGGGCCCCAGCGCCAGCCCCAGCAACGAGCGUGCCCUGCAGGCCGGGCUGCAGACCCUGCAGGCGUUGGGCCCCGAGAUGCGGCGGGCGCUGAGCUGUGACCUGGGGGAGAAUGGAGGCGCCGGAGCAGAGGAGGAAGAGGAGGAGGAAGAGCAGCUGACCUACGCCGCACCCGAGGCUCUGUAUGGCUCCGCCCCCGACUCCCCCGGGAGGGGGGAUGUUCCCAAGGCCCCCCCCAGCCCCAGCGAAGGGGAGGAGCCCGCAGCCCCGCCCCAUGGCGUCACCCAGCGGCACGGGGGCAGGCGGCAGCACUCGGCCGGGGGUCCCGGCCCCCUCCCGGCCGCGGGGCAGGAGGAGCCCCCCGAGGAGCGGGAGGAGCCGGGAGAUGCCGGCGGGGAGGAGGAGGCGCAUGGAGCGGCCCCACGGCUGCCGUGGGCAGCGGACAGGCUGCCGGGACCCACGGCCGCCCCCCAGCCCCCGCGCUGGGCAGGGGUGGCUCAGAGGGGGGGAUCGCUGCCGCUGCCCACCCGGCACUUCGCGCUGCGGGGCCCCGGGGGGACCAUGGAGGGGCAGCAGCUGAAGCGGCGCCGACUUCUGCCGCCCACCCCUGCGGGCCGGAAGCCGUCUUUCACCAUCCAGUGCCUGAGGCGCCAGGGGAGCUGCGAGGACGAACCCAUCCCGGGCACCUACACCCCGUCGGGGCCGCCGGGUCCCGCCCGGCCGCAGGGCUACGGCACCUCCGAGACGUGGCGCCUGGGCUCCUCCUCCCACGCCUGGGCCACGGCACCCGCGCGGGGCCACGUGCUCUACGCUCCCCUCAUCCUGGUGGAAGGAAGAGGACCCCCGGGGGGGGCGGGGGGCGGCAGCCUCCCCCCGCUGUCCCGCUGGUUCCCCUCGGGGUCCCUCCGCCUGCGGGAGCCGCUGGGCCGCGGGUCGGCCGACAGUUUGGUGGAGGCUGUGCUGAUCUCGGAAGGGUUGGGGUUAUUCGCCCGCGACCCCAAAUUCGUGGCGGUGGCCAAAAGGGAGAUAGCGGACGCGUGCGAGAUGACGAUGGACGAAAUGGAGAGCGCUGCUGCCGACCUCCUGACCCGGAGGCACCGCCCCCCACCUCCGCCCCACAGCAACGCCGCCGUUUACAGCGACGAGGAGACGCUGCGGGCAGCGCCCGGAGAGGAGGAGCUGGCGGAUGAGAUGGUGUGCGUGGGGGGACCCUAAAUAGGGGGAGGGGGGGGGGUCAAAAAGGGGGGCUGUACCUCAACAGAGCGGCGUUUUGCAUCAGAAAGCGGUGGUUGGUGUGAAAAGGGGGGGGGGUU